AUGGUUGAUGACCGAUCCCAACCAGCCGAAAAUGUUAAUUCACGUUGUACGGAUAGUUCGUUUCAACAGGUCUCUCUUGGACGUCCAUGGCCUCCUGUUCAGUCUCCGCAUCCGUUCCCGGCUUUGGUCGGAUCAUGCUUGGAAAAACCAGCCAGCAGGUCAACUCCAUUUCAAGUGGGAAGUUUCAUGGUUGAUUCCGGAUCGCCGAUCACCAUUGUUCCGAUCUUACCAGAGGAGAAGCAUCUGCCAUCGUCAGAUUCAGGUUUAAUCUCAGCAAGUGGAGCUCCUAUCUUGAUGUAUGGUUCAUCUCCAAUCUCCGUCCCAAUCAAUGGAAAAAAGUUCGAGUUUACUGCGGCAAAAUGCGAUGUCGUGAGGCCUAUCCUUGGAAGGGAUUUCUUCGACGGCCCAGGACGUAACCUAGUGUUGGACAUUGCCAAUCGUGUUCUGAUAGACAGAUCUUCCGGGAUCUCGUCCCCUCUCGGACUCAACGGUCGUGUGGUUGGCGCGCUAGCCACAGCAAAAGUCCCGCUUGACGCAUCCGCUACUCCUUUCUAUCCGGAUCUUGAACUGACUGAGUGUCGCAAAAAGGCCAACCUGAAAUUGGAAAAGUUCUGUGGUGAG